AUGAGGAUAGGCUGCCUUCAGUUCGCUCCUCAGGUGGGCGAUAUCGACAAUAACCUCAACCGCGCCGAUUCGUGUCUCAACAAGGCGAACACGGACGACCUCGAUUUACUUGUCCUGCCUGAGCUGGCCUUCACAGGAUACAAUUUCAAGUCGCUGCAGCACAUCUCGCCCUAUCUUGAACCCUCCGGCUCUGGCAUCACCGCGCUAUGGGCCCGCACGACUGCUCUCAAGUACAACUGCAAUGUGGUCGUUGGUUAUCCGGAGAAGGUAGAUGUCUCCAACAACUGGCCAACGGGCCCGGAGUACUACAACUCUGCGAUUGUAGUCAACGGAGAUGGCGAAACGAUAGCCAAUUACAGAAAGAGCUUUCUCUACUACACAGACGAGACAUGGGCCCUGGAAGGGAACAAAGGGUUUUACGAAGGUUGGAUCCCUGGUCUGGGUAACACCUCCAUGGGAAUCUGCAUGGAUCUGAACCCUUACAAGUUCCAAGCCCCUUGGCAUGCGUUCGAGUUCGCUUUCCAUGUACUCGAGUAUGAGUCGAAUUUGGUCAUCGUGUCCAUGGCAUGGAUGACUCGGGAGGACGGACGGCUUUUCAGCCGGAUGCCUAACGAGCCAGACAUGGACACCUUGACCUACUGGGUCACUCGGUUGGAACCUCUCAUUCGAUCAGAGAAUGAUGAGGAGAUCAUUGUCGUCUUCUGCAAUCGCACCGGCAACGAGGACGAGGCUGUGUAUGCUGGUACCAGUGCAGUCAUCGGGGUUCAAGAUGGUGAGGUCAAGAUCUAUGGUCUUCUCGGUCGAGGCGAAAAGGAGCUCUUGGUCAUCGACACCAACAAUCCUCCCUACGCGAAGCUUGUCUAUCGCCCUGAGCCAGACAAGCCAUCGGCAGUUCAUUCCGAGUUAAAACAGACUGGCGCUUCUCCGUCCUCGGUCAACGGUUCAGCAACUAGCUCUCCCCCUCGACAAGGAGUAACCAAACAUGGCGUAUCCACGCACACCCCGACGCAGCCAACGUCUCCUCCGCAAAAGUCGUCUUUCACCCAAAGCUCUUCUUCCCAGAAGCAUCAGGUGAAAUCCCCAUCUUCGAGACAGGCGAAAUCCCCGCCCAAGAUUGAGAUUCCCUCCAACACAGGGUCUUACACCAGAGACACUCCUGACAGCAUCAACCUUCCGACGCCGACUGCUCCAAGCCCUACCCCUCAGGCCAUCCGACCGAAACUGAUCAUUCCGCAAUCACCACCUCUUCAGCCAUGGCAGUCCGGCAGCCCAGUGCCUCAGAGCAGUCAAUCCAUUCAAUCAGUUCACUCGGUUCUUUCAAACCACUCUGUUCAGUCUAAUCCACGACCGCCUGAGGACAGCACCCCUUAUCCCCACAGUGGCGCUCCUUUGAGUGGUUAUCCCAGGAAAGGAGGCUUAGGAGGGGCGGAGAAGAAGAUUUAUGGCGGGAGUGUUUCCAUCACUCAAGUGCCUUUCACCCCAAUCACGCCUUUCGAGGACCAGUCGCCGAUGGCACAGCGGUAUUUCUGGCGGCCCUCCGAUAGCCUUUUGGAGGCGCCAAUGGAGUCUCACGAGAAGCAAUCAGUCGCAGAGCCAGAUGACACGAGGACCCAGACGUUCCACUUCCCGCCCUUCACGCAGAAUGAGCCAGCAGCGCGGACACACUCUUCAAACUCCAUGCGCACCGUAGCCACGGCUGGCAGUUCAAGGUCAAAGAAGACGAACAGCGAUCAGUCUUCAAAGGAGAAAAGGCGUGCACCUUCUCAAAAUUCCAAGGCACGUCGCUCAAGCAAGUCGCGCUCUGGAGACUCCAACAGCUCAAGAGGAGAGGUCUCCAGAGGCGACUCUUCCACGCCGGCUCGGCCCUCCUCGCCGAAGUCCCGGAACGCCAGUCGCACGAGAAUGCUUGAUCGAUCUGAGUCCGCUAUGGCACAACGUGAACAGGCUUCACAGCAGCUGGGGCCCAUCUCUCAAAGAGCAGAGUCGGUGAACAGAAAUCGGGGUGCAUCAGAGGAGAACGGAACCAGUACACCGCAGCCCGAUCGGCCGUCAUCGCCGAAGUCUCGCAACUGCAGCAGAAGCCGCCCAAGUGAGCAUCUCUCGUCUAUCUUGAUUGCAGCCAGUCCGAGUAUUUACCAUGACGAGUACAAUCGACGAUCGCUCCCGGCACUACCGGACACACAGAAGACACAACCCCAGCGACCAAUGUCCCGCAUGAACCAGCGCUCUAGGACCGGCUCGGUCACUGAGAUUGACAAGAACAACCUGUGCAAUGCCCGCCCUUCAUCGAGGGCUUCGGUCGGAGGAGAGCAGUCGAGCUUACGCCCCGCCUCUCGUGCUGCUAGCCGAGGACGACAGCCCGGUUCUAAGUUUUCGCCGCCCAAGAUGUCACCACGCGAUCCUUCUCUCCCUCCGGAGCAAGAUCCUGAUGAUAUUGUUCGAAUUGUGCGCGAAAGAGCGAGCUCCAUGGCUUCUAAGCCUGGUAUGGGCUCGCCUUCUUCCGAACCGGCGUAUGAGAGGGUUGAAGCCAUCGUGUGUCCUACUUGUCCUGUCCAUGGACGGCAUUCAACCUCUUCCGCCCCAGGUGACUCUUCGACGUUGCUAGGGCACCGAAUCUCUCCUGACCUGAGCGUUGGCCGAUCUUUGUCCUCUCCCGCGGCAGCGACUACCGUCGGCAAUGUCGCUGUCGCGACCACCAGCAAAGUAGGAGACGACCCCAACUACUCAAUCACUGGAUCUAACAAGCCGAGUGACGCAGGCUCACUAGCUGAGACCAUCGAAACAGUCUCAACGACGAGCCGGUCACCAUCCACGCCACGGUUUGAACCGAAAACGCCCCGGGCCAUGGUAGUUGUUCGCGAUGUCGAAGUACCUGGCAUCAGAGAUGAACUUCCUUCAGAGCUGCUGGCAAAAAGCUUCUCCGACCUGAUCUGCACGGAUAGAAAUGUCGGGCCACCUUCAGACGGUCCACCUGCUAUUGCAGCUUAG